AUGAUCUGCCGACCAUGCUUGCGGCGGAUGACAGCCAUCCGGCCGGCCGCCCAAUUAGCCCUCCGACCAUUCUCUGUGUCCGCGCCGUGGCGUGAGCCCGCCGCUGCAGCCGCCCAAGACGCAACCGCCUCCGAUCCCCUAGCACCCGCGACCACGGCCCCGAGCGACGGCGGCAGCGCAAAGGCGCCUCUGUCGUCGUGUCCCAAGGGCACGGUCCUCAGCGGCCUCAACUACUUCAAGGGCAAACAGGACCCCGUGGCGCGCGCAGACGAGGAGUACCCCGAGUGGCUAUGGCAGUGCCUGGACGUGCAGAAGAAGGCCGCCGAGGAGGCCGAUGCCGACGCUGGUGAUGAGUUCUCCAAAUCAAGAAAACAGCGACGGCUAGCGGCCAAGCGCCAGCGCCAGCUCGAGGCCAAGCUCCUCGCGUCCGGAGACAUCGAGGCCCUGGCCCCCAAGAUCCCGCUGCAGCAGCAGUCCAUCAACCUGCCCGGCGGCGAGAACAACAGCGUCGAGAACGCCGUCUUCGCGGCGGACAAGCGGGAGGAGCUGCGCAAGGCGAUGCGCAAGGAGCGCAAGAGCAAGAUCAAGGAGACCAACUACCUCAAGUCCAUGUAA